AUGAAAGAAUCUGACUUCAUAUUUUUAUGCGAAAGAGCAAAGUAUGAGUUUUUCCACUCAAAUAAAAAUGUCUUUCAACAUGGCGAUUAUGGAGAUAAAUUCUAUAUUAUUCUAGAUGGUUAAGUUUAGGUGCUUGUUCCUAAGAGAAGGGAAAAGAAUUUAGAUGAAAUUAAAGAGGAUGAUGACUUUAUUAAUCCUGACUAUGAAACAUUAUCUUUACUGAGUAGAUAAGCAUUAUAAAGGAAGAAUAAGAUGAGGAACAGUGUUAGAGCAAUAGCAAGAAUUCUCUCUGGUAUUUCAUAACAUAGAAAAUACACAUAACCUGAAUUUAGUAGAAUAAAAUCUUCGAAAUAAAAUGAUUCAGAAGAUCUUAGCUUAUAAAUUCAAGACUCAAAUAAAAAAAGUCAGAAUGGAGGUUAAGUGUAAACAGUUUUACUUGAGGUAGCAUAAUUAAAAUAGGGCUAAAGUUUCGGAGAAUUAGCAUUAAUAUCAAAUAAGCCAAGGGCUGCAACUAUUAAAUGUAUAACUGAUACUCAUUUCCUUGUGUUGUUCAAAAAAGAUUAUGAGUAGAUCCUUGGUAGACACGAAGAAGCAAACAUGAAUAAGAUUGUACUGUUUUUAAAAUCCUUACCUUAGUUUAAUUCAUGGAUGAAAAAUGCACUAUCAAAACUUACUUACUACUUAGUAAAGUAAAAAUUUAAGUGA